AUAAACCAUUCACAAGAAUUGAUUCAUAAACUUAUCCACUGUCAGCGGGAAUAAAGUAACUUAAUCUUUGCACAAACAUGGCGGCGCCCAUGAUUAUGAGGCUUUUUUUCGCCGGCUCUUUUUUAAGCUUAAUAUCUGGAGUUCAUGUUGCCGAUGUUUUUAACGAGGAGCUCCUUAUUAAACCCUUAGACUCAGGUCAUGUAUACGCCCAUUUUCAAUUCACAACAAAGUGGGACAUAGAUAUUCAGACACAGCAAAAUUUUACACACUAUGGUCUCUUUCCCAAGUCAUUAGGAGAGGUUCUGGCCAAGUAUUCUGUGCAUGAGUUACACCUUAGUCUUACCCAGGGGCUUUGGAGGCAUAGAAUAUGGGGUUAUCCAGUUGUCAGUGCUCCCCCUGGGGCUGAGCUUUGGGCUUGGUUUAAGAGGGACACUACCAAUAUAGACAAAAAAUGGUCAGAUCUGGUCAAUGCUCUCUCUGGCCUGUUUUGUGCCUCUUUAAACUUCAUGGACAAGACAGCCACAGUCAGUCCUAAGUUGUCCUUCCGGCCACUUGGGGCCGCUGACCAAUGGAUAGCCACCAACUCUACUUAUCUGAGGUACGCUGCGAUGCCCGGGGAGAUGGUCUGCACAGAGAACCUGACACCAUGGAAGAAAUUGCUGCCUUGUGAUACCAAAGCUGGCCUCUCUACAUUCUUCAAGUCUGGAAAGCUGUAUGACACAUCCUAUCAUUCACUGGGAGUUUAUUACAAAUCUGUAUGUACAGAUGCAGAGUGUGAUACCACAGGGGUAGAGCUGGUCCAGAGUUUAGCUGUUGUCUAUGAACCACCAGUACGACAGGGUGGCAAGCAAGACUGGUCAUUCAAGUCGCUGUUUGGUCGUUUCUUAACUAAUUCCUGUCCUGUUGCAGAAGCAAGCCACAUUUUAGUGGAUAUAACUGGCAAUAAGACUCUCGCUUACCACUUUCAUCUCAGUCCUCCACCUGACAGGGUGGAGACUGCCACCAGAGGUGGAGACAAAAGAAAAUUCGCCAUUUAUGAUGCCAAGAAAAGACCUCCCAGUGGACUAAAUCUGGCAGCAAAGUACAACAGGAAUGUUAUAUACAAACAACCACAACCACCGCAACUUCAUGCUCACAGAUUUAUUACAGGUUUUGGCCAAGAAAAUGGUGGCAUUGUAACUAUGUUGUUCAACACUGACCCUAAGGAGAAUCUCACUGUCAUCUACAUGGAGAUGGUCCCAUGGUUCAUUAAAAUGUAUUUCCACACACUCAAAGUGGAGAUAGAUGGAAUGCAGGAAAACCCAUUGCAUAUCCAUUAUGUCCAAGCCAAGGACCGACAGCAACCAUGUCUAAUGGAAGUUAUUCUAAAGCUUCCUGCUAACACCACCACUAAGGUCAGCAUAGACUUUGACAGGACAUUUCUAAAGUGGACAGAGUACCCACCUGAUGCUAACCAUGGCUUUUAUGUGACCUCUGCAGUGGUCAGUACUGUCCUAAGCCAUGCUGGUCAGUACACUGCCCUCCCACAGCACAGUGAUAAGCUGAUAUCACUCCUCAGCUUGAAUGAUGACAUUUCAUCAGAGUUUUUAUUACGGAUUCACACAGAGACUUUAUUAGUUUCCCUGCCAACACCCGACUUCAGCAUGCCAUACAAUGUGAUCUGCUUGGCAUGUACUGUUGUGGCCAUAGGUUUUGGUUCAGUGCAUAAUUUAACUACGCGUCAGUUUAUAGAGGUGGAUCCAACCAAGAACAAGGGGUUUCUGUCAAAUAUUAAGGACAAGCUCAAGAGGAAAAAGAAAGAAACAGAUGCCAAAGUACACAAAGAAGAAAAAUCAGACAGCAUAGAAGAGAAAAAGAGCUGAUGGGAUAAUUUUUAUUUUAAUGGUUGCUAAAAAUGGUAAUGGUACCAGGUAGAAGCAGCAAAAUUGUACAACAUUGUAAGGGAUAAAAGAAUAUGAAGCAUCUAUGAUUUUUCAAGCUAAAACUUUGGACAAAAUCAUAAGCCUGAAGACUGUAACAGUAUGUAAGAUUGUAUUUAUCAGUUCCUAGACACUGGUGGACUUUUGGUGAUCGUGAUAACUGUUGUUGGUCUUUUUCUCUUCCACCUUGGUUUUAGGAGGCAAUAACAAAUGUGGGGGUGUUUUAACAUUGUCUUAAAUGUUUUUUUAAUAGUGGCAAAAAGUAAUUUUUUUGGAUAAUAAUUUUUCAUCCCCCCCCCCUCUGACAUAUGAUGAAAAUAAAUAUUGUUUGGGAAACAGGUAGUUAAAAACACCUGCCUUCCAUGUGUUUAUGUGUUUCAGCAUAUAAUAUCAUAAGUAGCAAGUAAUGCUGGGAAGUUUGUCACAUUUGUUUACAUUUUGGAGUUCACAGUGUAAACAGAACACUAAGUAUGAACAAAGUAUGGUAAAAACUGAAAUAAAAAGAAAUAUAAAGAAAUACAGUCUCUUACAAAGUAAAACAGAACAAAUAUGACAAGAAUAAUAAAUUAAUUAUAUAAAUGGGAAAGUGUUGUGCUGCAUGUACUGCUAGAUUUGACUAAAUAUAAUGAAAAUAUGUUCUUAAAAUGUUAAAAUUCACAAAAAUACAUACACAGAAAUGUGGCACUUCCUACUUGUACUGGCCCACAGACUUUGCCAUCAGCAAAAUCAACUUGGCAAUUUUGUUAGUUGAUGAUAUAAAAAUGAUAAUUGGUAAUUUUGUAUUGUGCAGAGCAUCAAGUUCCUAAUUUUUUCUUACUUUUUAGAGAAAAUUCCUAUUUUAAAUACCAAAAAUAUUGACUAACUGAGCUUGGACCCUACAUACCUUUUUGAAGUACAAUGAAGGAAGGUGCAAAGGUUACUCAAAAUUCUGUGGACUUAGAUGUUUAGAUGCCAGUUUGCAACAUGUAUGGAACACACUGGAGUUUGUUAACUUAACAGCAGACUUAGAUCUACUACACAUCAUAUUCUUGAUCUAUGGGUUGCCAUAUGAAAGUUCAUUAUAAUUGUGUUAUCCUGCUUGUCCAUGCGUCCGUGUCUCAGUGCAUUAAUAAUUUCUGCUAUCUUCUCCAAUACCAUUAGAGUUAGAAAGUUGAAACUUUGGAGAAUGAUAGACCUAUCAUCAGGGAUGUGUGUGGGGACUUCAGCGUUAAUUGUAGUGCAACAGGAGGUUGGUCUUUACUGGGGGUGGUUGAUUCUUCAUUCUUCUGACAUUGUAAAAACUAAAAUA